UCCUCCUACUGUACCGCAUUAGUAGAUUGGCUUACAGUAUGAAAACCACCUCAGCCUAAAAACUCAUUCAGUUCCUGUUUUGCAGCACAUGCUCUCUGACUCUCUAGUCAGGAGGGUCUAUUUUUGAAAAGCACCAACACAGGAGGAUGUGGUCUUUGUAUUUCUACCCUCCGCUGCUGCUGUGGUUCAGCUGUGAUCUAAUCUGGGAUGAUCUAGGACACUGAUAACUGCAGUAGAUAGAAGAUGAUGCCAAAGAUGGAGCAGAGCUCGUGCACGGAGGAUCGUAUCCAGCAUGUCCUCGAGCGUUGCCUCUGUGGCCUGGGUCUCGACACGCCUGACAAACAACUCUGGAACGCUGGGCUGUGCAUAAACCGCUGGUGUUUGGAGGAACUUGUGAAGAGAGAUCCCCACAACUUCCUCAUCCUUCUACAGAAAAUACUGAAGAAAACAAAGGAGGUGCUAGAUCAGUGUCGGUAUGAGCUGGUGGUGCCCCUCACUCUCCUGUUCUCUUCAACCCUCCUUAAAGCUCCACAUGUGGCUGCAGACUGUGACAUGCUGCAGGAGGCCUACCUGUUGUUCCAUAGUUUCCUGGCCUGGCCUGAGCCCUGCAGCUCAGCCAGUAAACGCCUGCUGAAUAUCAUCCAGAAGGAGCUCAGAGCACCAGGUAUUUCAUUUCAAAGACUGGUGAGGUCAGAGCAGGGUAUUUCCCCUGAGAUUCACUGCUCCAAAACCAUCACGGUGCUGUUAGUGAGCCCAGAUGAGGACGUCCCUCCAGAGGUCCUGUCUGUCUCGGAGCAGCUGAGCAGCACCAAGCACUCCAGCAGCAGAGAAGUCACCACCGUCCUCAUCCUGCACGCCUUUCAGGCCGCUCUGGGCACCGAUCACGACAUGCAGGGGCUCCACGCCGUCCUGCAGACAAAGCAGCCAGAGGAGCUGGAGCAGCUGAUGGAGGCAGUGACUGACCGCAUGGAGACAGCGGCCUCUACAGCAGAUCUCAGUGCUGCUAGACAAGGUCUACGACACAGCAUGGAGAGGAUCAGAGAGAGCCUCGCUGUUCCUGCUCUAGCUGAUGGUUGCCCUGAUACUGGGGCUGUUAAAACUUUCACGCUGCCCUUCCCCAAAUGUCACACAUGCUCCUGGGAAAACGACAACUUUGAUGUUCUGAAUGGCAUUCUCGCAAGCCAGUUCGACCUGGACUCACUUUCAGACUGCUUCCUGAAAACAGAAAUGGACGAGGACAAUAAUAAUGACACCAGUGUGGAUGAGGAUGACGAGGUGGAGGGAAACAAAAUGGACCACGAGUUUCAGAACCACCGUAUCUCCACUGCAUCCUCUUCCUCGAGGGACUCUAACUACUCUCUCUCCUCCAGCUGGUCUGCCUCCAUGCUGUCUGGCUCAUCAGGCUUUGAAAGUGACUUCAGUGAAGAGACAACACACGAGGACACUGACAGCCAACCAAAGCUUAGAAAGAAACCCAAAAAGAAGUCCAGAUCCAUCUUAGGCGUGGAACGCUUCUCCUUGCUUUUCAAGAGCCCGAGCAUUUGCCGCCGUGUCCACAGUAUGGGCUACCGUAGUGACAUUAUCAAAGACUUCCAGAGAACUGUCUCACAGCUCAAACACCCUCUGCACGCACCCACUGCCGCCCCGGAUCCUCUUUCCCCCCGGAAGCACAUGUGCGUCCGCAGGAGGCCGAUCCUGAGCUGCGACGAAGGCGACGUGGUAGAGGUGCCGACCCUGGUCAAAGUGGUGGUGUUUGGAGGUGACAAAGAAGCCGGCAGGCUGGCCAGGGCGUACAGCGACCUGCAGCAGAAAGAGAGUAAAUGUCCCCGACUCACCAAGACGUGCAAACUGCAGUUUUACUUUGUUCCCACCAAAAGGAGAACUAUAGGAAGCACAGGAGGAGGACACACACUGGCUGAAGGGCCGACAGGAAGUUCAACCAAAGCUGCUGCCUCUGUGGAGUGUAAUGGCAGCGUGCUGGAGGACAGUACCACUGAUAUAGCCCAGAUGUUGGGCAUGAUCGACCCCUGGUACGAGAGGAACGUCCUCAGUCUGCUCAGCCUGUCCUCUGACGUCCUUUGUCAGACAGCCUGUAAGGAAGGCGAUGAGUCAGUGAGCAGCGGCAGCGUGGAGAGUCUUCCACUGCUGGCUGACUUGGUGCUUUAUUACUGUCGACAUGCAGACCAGCCUGUUCUGGUGCAGCUCUACCAGGCCGAGCUGACCCUGGCUGGAGGAGAGAAGAGAAGGGAAGUGUUUAUUCACUCUCUUGAGCUCGGACACUCUGCUGGAACCAGAGCCGUUAAGGCCAUGGGUUCUGCAAGCAAAAGGUUCGGCAUUGAUGAAGAGCGUGAGGCUGUCCCUUUAACACUAAGUGUUGACUACAACAGGGUGGCUGUCAGCGGGAGGAGUCAGUGGACCCACACAGAGAUGGUUUGCACGUCAAUAAAUCUUCACAAAGCCUGCAGGAAACCUGAGCAGCUAGAUUCAAGAAUAGAAAGUCUGCAGCUGACAAUGACAGAAGUCCUGAAGAGGCAGGGCUCCAAGUCUAAAAAGGGCUACAACCAGCACAUCUCCAUAUCAGAGGAGAAGGUGGACACGGUGCGGGUGAACGGUGGAGAAGAUGGGACAACUUUCGCUGUGUGUCUGGAUCAGGAUGAGAAGAAGUUCAUCCAAAGUGUCACCAGGUGUGAGGUGUCUCUGUGCUGUAAACCAGGAAGCAGUUCAGACUGGAGGUCCUACAAGCCCUCACCUGGCCAAGUCCAGCCUCUGCACCCGUCCUACUGCUCUCUGCUCUGCCUCCCCAUCACCUCUUUCUCUGCCUCAUAUCCCUGACACACUUUUUUUCUAUACUGAACCAAUCCACUGAUGUUUAAACCAAAGCAACGCGGGCUGCAGAAUGUAGAUACUGAACAGUAACACAGUACUCAUAAUUAGGCUGACACACACAUUAACCCACAUAUAUUUCAGGUUUGUCCUGUAGCUGAUGUGUCACAUUGUAAUUAGAAGAAGGGGUGUGACUGAAUCUGCAGAGCAGGGCUUGUGUCAAUUAUCUGCUGUCAGUAGCAUAAAACUGAUUACUUGAUUACUACUGAGUACGUUCUGUUGAUCCAUGACAGAGUUAAACUCCUUUUUUUCUUUUUCUUUUUUAAAAAGUGUUGUAAAAUAAGCUAUUUAUUUUGAAGCAAUAGCAUUGAAAACAUUUUUUUUUCUUUUUUACAUUUUUCAGAAAAUAGGUUUCAUUGUGUUUUUAUACGUCACACAAUCACAAUAAAAUCAUACCUCAAUUGGUCA